GUAAACUGUGUGUGGAAGGUCAGAGCUGUAAUCCGGUUCAUGUGAGCUUCUCUCUUCAAACCAAACCGGCUUCCUGGGUUUGACGUUCAUCGCCUCACAGACGAGCCUCGACGUGUCCACGCGCGCCGCCGCUGAACUGCCUGACAGCCGCUAACUCCCGCUGCUUCGCACGGUAGUUGGAGGAAGUUGUGACAUUUUUUAUUUUCAUUGAUUCGCCGUCCUUCCUCCGUCAUGUCUGCGGCCAAAUGCACUCGGCUGACCGGGCUGCUGGGGAAGCAGCUGCUGGACUCGGUGGACUGCGUCCUGUUCGACUGCGACGGGGUGAUCUGGCGCGGGGAGCAGGCCGUCCCGGGGGCCGCCGAGGUCAUCGACCUGCUGAAGGAGCGGGGCAAGAAUGUCUUCUUCGUCACCAACAACAGCAGCAAGACCCGCAGGAUGUACGCAGACAAGAUGACCAAGCUGGGCUUCGACGUGCGGGAGGAGGAGGUGUUCGGCACCGCGUACUGCUCCGCCGUGUACCUGCGGAAUGUGUGCGAGCUGCGGGGGAGAGUCUACCUGAUCGGCAGCCCAGCCAUGGAGCAGGAGCUGGCGGCCGUGGGGAUCCAGCAGACCGGGGUGGGACCGGACCACGUCGCCGGGAAGGCGGCCGACUGGGCCGGCGUGCCCCUGGACCCCGAGGUGAGGGCGGUGGUGGUCGGCUUCGACGAGCACUUCAGCUACAUGAAGUUGAACCGAGCCCUGCAGUACCUGAGCCAGAAGGACUGCCUGUUCGUGGGGACCAACAGGGACUCCAGGCUGCCCCUGGAGGGAGGCAAGGCAGUCCCAGGUACAGGCUGCCUGCUCCAGGCCGUCGAGACCGCCGCCCAGCGCCAGGCCCAGACUGUGGGCAAACCCAACAGCUUCAUGUUCGACUGUGUGGCCUCCCAGUUCAGCGUGGACCGUGACCGCUGCCUGAUGGUGGGCGACCGCCUGGACACGGACAUCAUGCUGGGCUCCAACUGCGGCCUGAAGACCCUCCUCACCCUCACAGGGGUCAGCACAGUGGCUGAUGCCGAGGCCCACCAGAAGAGCGGUUGUGUGGAGAGGCAGGGGAUGGUGCCGGAUUAUUACGUGGACAGCAUCGCCGAUCUCCUCCCGGUUCUGCGGGGAUGAGAGCUCCGCUGGUCGGUCGAGACUGAAGAGCGGCUGCGUGAUGGCCUAGCUGCUGCUAACCUGAGGAAGCUGGGUAGCCUGUCACACACACAAGGAUCCGUUGUCACUAAAACUGCUUUCAGACUGGUGCUGAAGUCUGGAUAUUUUCCUGGGAUUUUGCGCAGAGACUUUAAAUUAGAACGCAAAUGUCAAGAGUCUUAUUUGAGAAUGCAGCAGGAAAAUAUCCAGUAAAAUUCCCAGCGAGCAAGUGUGCAUGUUGAUGAUGUGGAAGAAGAGAGUGAAGAGCUUUUAACAAGAUAUUAUAUUCCCCCCUCGUCUGAAUGUUCGGGACACUUCCUUUUGUUGUUGUUCUCCAAAACCUUGAUGAAUAUGCAGAUUUUAAUAUUCCGAGAUCAUGUUUAAAAGUGGCUUAAGAUUUAGAAAAAUCUCUAUAACAAAGUCACAACUGUUGUGUGAAAGAGGAGACAAACAAAAAUACUCAAGAGCCGCUACCCAGAUUCCAUCAUCAGUUUUGUCGUUUACUAAACCGUUUUUACAUUAUAUAAGUAAAGGAUAUAUAUAUAUAACAUGAAAACAUGACUUCCAGUAUUGUUUCAAUGCAAUUUUUAAGUGUUAAAUAGAAGAGUAUAUAGUGUUGGUUCCUUUAUUUUUGGUAAGGAGAGAGGCGAGUGUACUUUAACAGCCCUGAUCCUGUGUGUGGUAAAUUGUCGCCUUAAGCAACAUCAUGUCAAUCGUAAGAAGGGAAAUAAGCCAACACACGGUUUCAGUAGUUCGGUGACACGUGUGCAGGCAGAGAACGGGACUAAAACGCACUGACCCUUUAUGACUUGAGCUUCGUGUAUUUCAUCACCUCAACAGAUUGUGCUAAUAUCUGCUUUUACACUCAUGGACUCGUGAAAUGACGUCCAGUCCUGUUAUUUUUGUCUGUUUUAAAUUUAUUGUAGAAAUGUUUGCGAUCAUCCGUCUUCCUUUAUUUUUUUCCAUCCACUCUCUGUUCCUCCUGCCAUCACUGAAACCUUUGCUCAAGUCUGUAAUAAAACAAUAUCUGUCCUCACUG